UUCAGAAUUUUGUAGUACUCUGGUCAUCUGUAGUUACAGAAGUGCAUAAAUAUUAAGUAUUUAUAUAUGAAAACAUUUCUGAAAAGGUUAUAAGUUUAUCUUAAAUUUAAGCAUUUUCAAUACUUCUCUUCCGAUCAUCGAUAGUUACAAAAGUUUCAUAUUAAUUUGACGUUUAAUGCUUCAAUUUGCUUUGCGUGUCACUAGGUGAGCAUUACAAAUGGCCGAUAUGGAAUAACUGUUUGCAGCCGAAUGACUGGAUUCUAAUCAAACCCAGCUGUUGUUUACUACAUUAUUUACAUGGGAGAAUUUUAUCUGUAGUCAUAUUGCACAUUGACUUAGUAGUAGUAAUAGGUUUUUUCCAUUGAAAUUCAUUAAAGCUGUACCGAAGAUGUCUUUUCCUCCCGGACCUCCUUUACCAUUACCAGGCAUGCCUGUGCCUCCUAUGUUGCCACCCCCUUAUGCUGUUCCGCCAAUGGGAGAUUUUUUUCCAGGUAUGAUACCUAUGACUGUUGGAAUGAUGCCUGGACCAAUGAUGGCUCCUGUUGCCAUGACUAUGCCUGCUCCUAUUCCCAUGCCUCAACCACAGAAGUAUAUUAAAAAGAUUAAUCCCCCCAUGUAUAAAAAAUACGAAAAUCAUGUUGAGCAAGAAGUACCAAAAGGACCACCUGUCACUGUGUUUGUGGGCAAUAUUACUGAUAGAGCCCCUGACAAUUUAGUUAGACAAAUAUUGCAACGAUGUGGAAUUGUAUUGAAUUGGAAAAGGGUUCAAGGGGCUAAUGGAAAGCUGCAAGCAUUUGGUUUUUGUGAAUAUGGCGACCCAGAGUCUGCACUUAGAGCCAUGAGAUUACUACAUGAUUAUGAACUUGGUGAAAAGAAAUUAGUGGUGAAAGUUGAUGCCAAAACGAAAGAAAAGCUAGAUGAAUAUAAAGCCACAAAACUUGCUAAAACUCAGGAUGAUGGUAAAAAGGAAGAUAAAGAAGCUGAUGAUAAUAAUAAAGAAGAGGGUGAAGCAAGCGAUGAUGCUCUAGAUGAAAUGACUAAGCAGAGAGAUAAUGCAAUUAUAACGAGCCUUCAAUCUUUAAUAUCUGCUCAUUCUGCUGAAUUGAAUCGUCCCAAUGAAGAAAAAGAAGAAUCAUCUCCAGUAUCUGUUUCAACUCAGCCUGAAAAAACUCAUAAUUCUGAACAAAACAGCCCAAGGCCAAGAAUUGAUUAUGAAAGGCUAAAAAAGAAUGAAUUAGAUGAAAUGGAUUUGGAAGAGGAUAAAAAGAGUCUUAUUCAUCGAGAAAUCGAUAAAUUUAGAGAUACUUACAAGAGAGCUGAAGAAGAACGUGAUAAGGACAAAGACAGACGGCCUAGAAGAAGAGAGUACGAGUCUCCAGAACCCAGAUCCCGUGUUAGAGACAGGGAACGUGAAAGAGAUAGGGAUAGACGAUCUUUGGAGAGAGAAGAGCGCUCCAGACGACGAAGAAGCCGAGAGAGGAGCGAAAGGGAUAGGAAGCGAGAAUCUCCUCGUGAGUCUCCGGUGGUGUCUAGGCGCCGAGAUAGAUCCGCUGAAAGGCAAAUAGACAGACCCCGUUCGAGGUCAAGAGAGAGAAAUGAUUGGAGAAGUGAACGUGAUAGAGACCAAGUUGAAGAAAAGCCAAAAGAAAAGGAGUUUGAUAAAGAUGAUGAGGAUGACGCUUAUGAAAAGAAAAAACAAGACAGAAAAAUUAGGGAAAAAGAAGCCAUUUAUCAAGAUAGACUUAGAAAUUGGAUAGUGAGAGAAAGGCGAAAAUUGAAAGAAUAUGAAAAGGAGAAAAUGAAGAGUGAGGAACAGAGAAAAGAUGAGUCUAAAGAAGCAAGGAGAUUAAAAGAGUUUUUAGAAGAUUAUGAUGAUGAAAAGGAUGAUCCAAAGUAUUUUAAGGGAAGUGCAUUGGUUAGACGAAUGAAAGAGCGGGAAAAAGAAAUUGAAGAGGAUAUGAUUGACAGACAGAAGGAAAAAGAAGAACUUGAUGAACUUCGAAAAAAGCUUGUAGAAGAAGGCCAUCCGGAUCCGGACGCAGAAGUGGAAAGACUGCUUUUAGAGGAAAGUCGUCUUAUGGACCCCCCUAAACCUGAAACACCCGAAUCUGAGCCAGAGCAAGAAAUCAUUCAACCAUCUCCUAUCAAAAUGAGACCGGUACCAAAAGUGAUAUCAUCACCGCCAGAAGAAAUUGAAGAAAAAAUACCCAUGAAAAGAUUAGAAAGGGAGAGAGUGAUGGUUGAAGAAGAAAUCUCUCAAAAUAGCUUCUCUGGUUUCUCUGAUGUCAUAGCUCAACCGGAAGAGCCUAAACUUAUGGGAUUUACUAGUUUGAGAUUAGGUGGAAGUCCCACACAUAACAAUACUGGUCACACAACAAACAAUAAUCACAUCCCACAUAAGAGGAAAUCUACUGUAGACGAUGUGUUUAAUGUAAACGAUGAAGAAACCGAGACCAAAAAGAAGCGAAAGCUCAUACCUAUAGAUGACCAGCAAGAAGAUGGACCAAAGAGCCCGCAUUCUGUUUCCCAAAUGACACUUGAAGAAAAAAGGAAGCAUAUAAAAAAUCUAAUUGAAAAGAUUCCUACAGAAAAGAUUGAGCUCUUUGCUUACAGUUUAGAUUGGACUGUUGUUGAUAAGGUAUUAAUGGAAAAGAGGAUACGACCCUGGAUAAAUAAAAAGAUUGUAGAAUAUAUUGGUGAAGAAGAACCAACUUUAGUAGAAUUUAUAUGUUCUAAAAUAAUGGCUGGAAGUGCCGCCCAAAGCAUCCUGGAUGAUGUUUCAAUGGUAUUAGAUGAAGAAGCUGAAGUUUUUGUUGUCAAAAUGUGGAGAUUACUCAUUUAUGAAAUAGAAGCUAAAAAAUUAGGUCUUGUAUGUAAAACUGAUUCUGCUCAGGAAAAUGCUUCCCAAGGUAAAACGUGAAGCUAGAACUUUAUUUUAUUCAGGACAAUUUAUCUUUUGUACUAAGUUUGAAGUCAAGGAAUCUGUUAAGAUCUCUGGCUGCAACAAAGCAUUGUAAUUAUAUCAUUUCAUUAAAAGCCUCAGGGCUGAUAUUUCCGUAACUUUUAUUUGAUUAUAAAUGUUGUUCAUUACUGUUUAGUUUUAUACUGCUUGAGUUUUGAAUUGCAUUCUCUGUUAAACAAGCUAAUUUAUCAUUUUACAUUAGCCUGUCUUUCCAAUUCAAGUCUCCAGCAAUAUGUUGACGUAUGCAUAUUUGUGUCUUGUAUUUAUUGUAAAAUAAAAUUUAUGUUGACACUUUGUUUUCAAAAAGAAAGAAAAAAAGAUACGAAAAGGAUUAUUUACUUUCCUUUAAGUGAAAUGUAACAUCCUCUUUAGAUUCAAAAUAAAAUGUCCAAAUUUUAUGAA